CGUCGUGUGAAACAAAGGCGUACUUUUCUUUUUGAUUUUUUCCCCCUUUCAUCGACGUUGACUACACAGCUUCUAGAACAUCUCUCCAUUACUGGCUUCGUCUCCGAUUCUUCCUUUCUAUGGCAGUUCGACAUUUUUGGUUAUGUAUCGAUUUUCGGCCUCCUCGUUAGCCGGUCUCGUGAGUGUAUUCUUCAAUGGCUACCACAAGAUCCAAGCUGGAUGAAUCCUCUUCGACAACCCGAUUUUCUUAUCAUGUUUUUCUGAGCUUCAGAGGCGAAGAAACCCGUAAGAACUUCACCGACCAUCUGUACACAGCCUUGGUGCAGAGAGGAAUUCACGUGUUCAGAGACGACGAUGAGAUCGACAGAGGAGAGAACAUCCAAUCGGCACUCUAUGAAGCCAUUCAAGGGUCUAAAGCGGCGAUCAUUGUGUUCUCCAAGGACUAUGCUUCUUCUCGAUGGUGCCUCGAUGAACUUGUGAUGAUCAUGGAGCGUAGGAGAACCGUUGGGCUCAUUGUACUGCCAGUUUUCUACCAUGUCAAUCCAUCUCAUGUAAGGAAGCAGACGGGAAGUUUUCGUAAAGCAUUUGUUGGACAUGAGAAGCGAUUCAAGGAUCAAAGGGAGAGGGUGGAGCAUUGGAGAGCUGCGCUUCGAGAGGCUGCUGAUUUAGGAGGAAUGGUCUUGGAAAAUCAGCAUGAGUCACAGUUCAUUGAACAAAUUGUUAAAGAGGUUGAAAGGAAGGUAAAUCGGACAGUACUAAAUGUCCGUUCCCACCUAGUUGGAAUGGAUGCUCGUGUCAAAUACAUUAAUUCGUGGUUACAAGAUGGUUCUGAUGAAGUUGGCGUAGCAACCAUUUUUGGAAUUGGUGGAAUAGGUAAAACAACUAUUGCCAAGACUGUGUUUAACCAAAACUUGGAGAGAUUCAAUGGUGGGAGUUUCCUUUCAGACGUCAAAGGUACUUUAAAAGAGUCCAAGGGAUUAGUUCGCUUGCAAAGGCAGCUUCUUAAAGAUAUGAUAAAGGGGAAAGAAAAGCGGAUACAUAGUGGUGAUGAAGGGAUCUACGAGAUCAAGAAAGUUAUUUCUUAUAAGAAAGUCCUAAUUGUUCUUGAUGAUGUGGACGAUCUCGAUGAAGUGCAUGCUUUGAUUGGGGAGUGGGAGGAGCUAUCUCCAGGAAGCAAAAUCAUUCUAACAACUAGAUUUGAGAGUCUAAUUCCUCCCCAUAAAGUUUUUCGGAAGUUUGAAGUUCAUAAAAUGAACUACAGUGAAUCCCUUCAGCUUUUCAGUUGGCAUGCCUUUGGAAAAGACCAUCCAAUCGAAGGCUACCUGACGAACUCUAAAAGCGUGGUAGACCAAUGUGGUGGCCUUCCAUUAGCUCUUCAAGUUCUGGGUUCUUCUCUGUCGGGAAAGAGUAUCGAAGUGUGGGAAAGUAAAUUGCAGAAGCUGAAAGCUCUUCCAGAUGGCAAGAUCCAGCCAAUUCUUAGAGUAAGCUAUGAGUCUCUAGAAGAUGACCAUGACAGAAAUUUAUUCCUUGACAUAGCUUGUUUCUUUGUAGGGAAGGACAAAGAUUAUGUAGUUAAAAUUCUAGAUGGCUGUGAUUUCUACUCAGCCUGGGGCAUCCAGAGCCUCAUUGAUAGAUGUCUCUUGACAGUCGAUAAAAGGAACAAGCUAAUGAUGCACCAAUUGAUCCAAGAUAUGGGAAGAGGUAUCACUCGCGAAGAAUCACCUAUGGACCCCGGGAAGCGUAGUAGAGUGUGGCAUUAUAAGGAUGCAUUAAACAUUUUGAGAGAAAAUACUGGAACAGAAACUGUAAGGGGAUUUGCCUUAAGCCUGCCUUCAGUAAUGGAAAAUGAGCAUGGAAAGAAAAUCCCCCCUUUCAGUGGUUUCAAAAGAAAUCGGGACGAUGACUAUGUUGAUAAGUGCAACCUAUCUCACCAAGAAAACUGUUCAAAAAGACGUCGUCUUGGAUUUCUCACCUUCACACUCGGAAGUACUUCUCGAGCAUACUCAUUUCCCUGUUCAGAUGAGGUAAACUUGAAAACGGUGGCAAUUGCAAGGAUGCAGAGACUAAAAUUGUUGCAGCUCAAUCAUGUUAAACUUGAUGGUGGGUAUGAAGAUUUUCCUAAAAGUCUAGUAUGGUUGUGCUGGCGUGGUUUCCCCUUUGAAUCUAUGCCAAAAAACUUCAAUCUGGAGAGGCUCGUCGUUCUUGACAUGCGCAAUAGUUGUCUCAAACAAGUUUGGAAGGGAAUUAAGCCUCUUGUAGGUUUGAAAAUCCUUAAUCUCAGUCAUUCACAUGGUCUCAUUAGAACACCUAACUUCACCGGACUCCCGAGUCUCGAGAGGUUGCUACUUAAAUUCUGCGUAAAUUUGAUCAAGGUUGACGAAAGUAUCAGAGACUUGACGAGACUUUUUUUAUUAAACUUAAAAGGAUGCAGAAAUAUGAAGAGGCUUCCAAGAAAUAUAACCAUGCUGAAGUCUUUGGAAGAACUUGUUUUAUCGGGUUGUUCUAGUCUUGAACAGCUACCUGAGGAUCUGCAGAAAAUGAAAUCUCUGAGGGUAUUUCUUGCCAAUGGAACUUGUAUGAAUGGAUUGCGUUCCACCCUUAGAGAUGGGAAGAGGCUCAAUCUGUUGUCCACAAGUUCAUGGCAUUCAAUCUUUUGGUCAUGGGUAUCACCAAGACAAGGAUCACAGCUCCCAAGUUUUUCACUGGCUCUGUUACCACCCUGUUUGGUAAGCUUAAGUCUUGCAGACUGCAACAUAUCAGAUAAUCAUAUUCCUAAUGACCUUAACACUGGCCUACCCUUCUUGCAAAAUUUAAAUCUUAGUGGAAACCCCCUUCUUAGCCUACCGGAAAGCAUAAAAAGCCUCACUAUGCUUAAAUCUCUUCAGUUAAAUCAAUGCAACAUGCUCAGAUCACUUCCAGUGCUUCCAACAAGUUUGAAAGCUUUCCGUGCUAGAGAUUGUACAUCGUUGGAAAGAAUUGCGUAUCUGCCACAUAUGUUACCAUUGUCCUUGGAUUUAGUCGGUUGUCUCCAAGUAGUUGAGGUUCAUAACUUUUUCAAACUAGAACCAGUGACAAAUAACAACUCAAAAGUGAUCAACAGUAUGGGCUUGUCCAAUUUGGAAGAUUUAUGCAGUACUGAGGUGAAAAUUUACAAUGUCAUGGCACAAAGAAAAAGGAAGAUUCCACUCCAGGUAUUGUAUGAAUUUGGCAUAUCGAGCAUUUUCUUUCCCGGUAACGAGGUUCCAAGCUGGUUCAACUAUCAAAGUGAGGGCUCCUCAAUAUCUUUUGAAGUUUCCCCACCUCUUGGUCACAAGAUCCAGGCAUUGAAUCUAUGCGUUGUGUAUGCAAAAGGCAAAAGAAGGAAUCAAGAGGACACUGACGAACACACAGCUAGAAUCAGUGCUAAAAGCAAAGGUUGUAUACGAGUCUAUUCCCCAACUUUUUAUGGAAUCCCUGAACUCAGUCAACGUAUGAUAUGGUUAAGCCAUUGGGAAUCGAUGAAACAAUUGAAGGCUGGCAAUGGAGGAAAUGUUUCUGUGGAUCUAGCAUCAGGCUUUCAAGUGGAAAAGAUCGGCAUCCAACUCUUGUAUGAACAGGAAGAGAUGGGAACUCAAUACAACAGUCAAGAGAUGAAUGCAAAUGUUUCAGCAAAAGCUCAAUAUUUUGUUCGGCAUCACAAAUUUCCCCGCAUGAAACUGAGUCUGUCGACUCUGUCCAGGUUUAAGGUACCAAAUGCGUCAGAUUUACCCAAAUUCAGCAAGUUUUAGCACUUGUUUUUCUUCAAAUUUGGCGUUGGCAGUUCAUUGCUAGUGUGGAACUUUUUCAGAGUUCAGACAGAAGGAUGAAUGAAUAUGGAUAAAUCAUUAAAUUGUCUUAAGAGCUAGCAGCUGCACACAACUGCUAAAGCUUGGUGUAUUCAUUGCUUAGAGCAUUUGCUUUAUUAAAUAACUCUGAUAAUUUAUGUUUUCCUCACAUUAAAGUGGGUUAAGGUGUUGGAGGCUUAAUGUGUUGGAUCAUUUUUCUAUGUAGACUCUGGUUCUAUAAAACUCUUGUGUACGGGAAUUGUUUAUCUUUUACUCUGGUGUUAUAUAUUUUCUCAUUAAAUUAAGCAAAUAUCAGGUUUUUGA